AUGACUGCACUUUCCAUUGCCCAUCACGCAGUCCCGCUCCAUCAUGAUCUCGCUUUGCCUCGGGAUGCCUGUAAAGUGGUCACCACAGACAGGGAUGGAAGUGUCACACCUGCCCAGACGACGCCAGAGACCGAGGUCCAUCACUUUUCUGUCCUGACCAAGUCGUUCGACAGUGGCGCUGGUAUCGACGGCGAGGGAGCACCUCCGCUUGGGCCACAGGAUAUGAUGUCCAACGAUCUCUCACUUCUCUUGACCAUUCCAUCGGCCCCACCUGAUGACAUGCCCGGUCCUCCAAUCCUAGCACUUGGUGAUGGACCUCACCAAGACGGACAGGCACAGAGGGUUGCAGGAGCGGGGACCACAGUCGCUCGGUCCAGAUCACCUGGAGGGAGCCAACUGCAGCAGUGGUACACCAGUCCGACCGUGACGGAUCCAUUCCACCUGAUCGCUGUUGGCCCUCACAACAUCACCUGGCAGGUCCGACAUGAGGUCAACUCCAAGCCCGAUUAUCAUGUUGAUGAUAGUAAGACUUCGAUGGGGAACUCAUCCAGCCAAGAGGAUACCCAGAGCGAGCAUGUUGGAGAUGAAGAGGAGACGGAGCCGACCUCGAAGAUGUCAUUUUGA